AUGAUGACGUGCCGUCUGCUGUGCGCCCUGUUGGUGCUUGCCCUGUGCUGCUGCUGCCCGUCCGUGUGCGGGGCAGAUUCUACGGAGGACAUUAUUGUUGUUGAUCUUGAAGAUGAAGAACAAGUCAGCGGUAUACCGCCUCUUCCACAACAGCCACCAGUUGCCGAUGACAAGGCUAAUAUUCAAGCUGUUGGAAAUGACUCCGGUCAAUCGCCCCUCCUAUUAGAGAGAGCGCAGGGGAAAGGUCAUUCAGAUCCUUCAACGAGGCCCGUUGGAAAGUCGGGAAAUGGUGGCGGUGAGGGAUCAGGAUCUAGCAGUACGGGAACGAAUCCAAAUGAGGUGUCCAAUACGUUACAGGCAGGUGGUAAUAAGGGUACGACAGGGUUACCCAGUGACAAGAGACUAUCCGAAGAACCGGCAAAUAGUGAGUCUGAAGAUUCUACCGAGGAGACCACUACCACCACAACAAAGGCACCAAGCACGACCACCACCACUACAACACAGGCACCGAGUACUACGACUACAGAGGCGCCAACUACGACGACCACCCGCGCACCGUCACGUCUUCGCGAAAUCGACGGCAGCCUCAGCAGCUCUGCGUGGGUGUGUGCCCCGCUGCUGCUCGCCGCAUCCGCGCUGGCGUACACCGCUCUGGGCUGA